AAAGUGCUUUCUUCUCAGUACCUGGUUGCCGUUUUUUAGAAUGCGUGCACGUUUGGCAGUGGAAUAGUGGUCAGCUGUAGAGCUCAGGUAGCUAUAGUUACUUGCGUUUGCUGCUAGCAGUCAUUCGUGUCACUUCUUUGAAUAGGACAAAUUCAACGCGCGUGCGCCGUGCCUGGCGCCGUGUGUUAUGUGUAUGAGGCGUCGCGACGCUGUGAAUAAAUAUAUCGGAAAAGUUUGAAAAAUUGCUGUAAGCUGGGGUGGUUUGGUUGAAACUUUUCCCAAAAAGUCGCUCUUUUCAAGCCAAUCAUGGCUGACGUCUUGGAUAUGGAAGAUGUCGAAGAGUUCGAGGUGGACGAGGAGGGAGACCAGGGUAUUGUGAAGCUGAAGGAAAAGGCGCGGAAGCGGAAGGGGCGCGGCUUUGACGGCGAGCGGGCGGCUCGGAACGACACGCGCCACCGCGACUACGAGGGUGUCGAAGGAGACAACGACGGCGAGCCGGGGCCGUGCCGCUCGGUGGAGGGCUGGAUCCUGUUUGUGACCGGUGUCCACGAGGAGGCUCAGGAGGACGACAUCCAUGACAAGUUCGCCGACUUUGGCUCCAUCAAGAACAUUCACCUCAACAUGGACCGGCGUACUGGUUUCUUAAAGGGUUACACGCUCGUCGAAUACGAGACUUUCAAGGAGGCCCAGUCUGCCAUUGAGGCCCUGAAUGGCACGGAUAUUCUCGGCCAGACCAUUAGUGUCGACUGGGCGUUCGUCAAAGGACCGAAAAAGGUUCGUCGGGAUCGGGACCGGAGGCGCCGCUGAGCGGCCACCCCCGGUACUUCAGUCUCCAAGGUCCGUCGGCAGAGGACAGUGGGGUCCCUUUCGCCAGCCCGUAUGCUCGUGACGGCUGCGGGAGCUGUGUUAACAAUUUUUGGUUUUGUACACGUGACUUGAAGCAGUGUGCGCCUGCUACCCUCGCUCAUAGCUCUCCAUUCAUACGUGAUGCACAGACGUAACACAAUACACGAGUUCAUCUUGUCAA